AUGAAGAUGAACUUGAGUAAGCUGAUCAAAACCUCAUGCUCUCCCUUUUGCGACUUUAACUUAUACCAGAAUGCGUUUAGAGAUAAAGAGAUGGCUGAAAUUGACGAGAUGAUUGCUCGAGCUAGUGAAGAGGAGCGUGCUGCUCUAAAAAAGAAAAAGAAACGUCUGUUAAAAGCAAAGGCGAAAAUUAUAAGAAGACGUCAGCUCAAAAUGAUCAUCGAAGGCGACCAUGCCGAUCAAGUUGAAGAUAUUGAGCUCUUCAGCUUGAAGAAGAUUCGUAGGGUAAUUUUUAUAAACUAA